AUGAGCACCAGCCAAGGCCCUUUCCAGUUUUUUUCUGGGUCCCUCAGGGGUAGUUCAGGGUGUGGUUUGGCCCAGCAAGGAACUUCUUACAGAGCGUCAAGUGCAGAUGGUGGUGCCAGCAGCACACAUCCCUCCUUCUCCUCUGCCAGACCCUUCUGGCUGGCUGCAGGAGGGGCACCCUGGGGAGGCUUCAGCGAGCACUAUGGGGAAAGCAUCUUCCUGGGUGGGAAUGAGAAACAGACCAUGCAGAACCUGAAUGAGCGCUUGGCUGCCUACCUGGACAAGGUCCGUGCCCUAGAAGCAGCCAACGCUCAGCUGGAGAGCUGCAUCCUAGAGUGGCACAGGACAAAGUCUCAUGGAAAGAGGCAUGACUUCAACCAGUACGAGCAAAACGUCACUGACAUGCAAAGACAGAUUGAGGAUAGCAAGAUCACCAAUGCCAGCAUCCUUUUACAAAUUGAUAACGCUAACAUGGCAACUGAAGACUUCAGGCUCAAAUACGAAGCCGAGAAGUGUCGCAGGCAGGGAGUGCAGCUGGAUGUGGAGAACCUGCGGAAGGAGCUCGAUGGCAUGACCAUUAUUACCACAGAUCUGGAAAUGGAAAUUGAAGGCUUGAGAGAAGAGCACAUCCUCAGGAGGAAAGACCAUGAGGAGGAUAUGGAAGCCAAUCGCUCCUCACAAGACUUCAAAGUCAAUGUAAAAGUAAACGCUGCCCCUCCUGCAGACUUAGGCAAGAUUCUGGCAGAAAUAAGAGAAGAUUACGAGGCUAUAAUUGAAAAGAAUCGUCAAAGCCUGGACAACUGGUACAGAGAACAGAGUGCAGCAAUGUCCCUAGCAGCAACCCCUAAUCCUGAGCAGAUCCAGCGCAACGAGAAUGAGAUCAAGGAGCUGAGGAGGACUUUGCAGUCCCUGGACAUCGAGCUGCAGGCACAGAUUAGUAAGAAACACAUGCUGGAAGACACCUUGGCUGACACUCGGAAUUACUACGCUGCUGCACUUCAAAACAUGCAGCAGAUCAUCUCCAGGUGUGAGGAAGAGCUGAGCCAGGUUCGUCAUGACAUGAAGCAGCAAAAUAACCAAUAUAAGGUUCUUCUUGGGAUCAAAACACGCCUGGAAAAGGAAAUUUCCACAUACCGCCUGCUGCUGGAAGGGAACGCUGACGGGACAGCAAGAAAAUCUGAAACUAAAGGUAAAAAACACUCUGGGCUGAACAACCGAAAGCUCAAAGCGAUUGUCCACGACAGUGUGAACGGGGAGGUGGUGUCCUCCACCAUCAAUGAGCUCCCCCCACAAGCCUGA